UUCCUCUUUCCUUUUUUUUCUUUCCUCCUUCGAAGUUGAAAGGCAGGAGCAGAGCGGUGGUGGGGGCCCAGCUUUGCCUUCCUACUGGCCGUGGAUGCAACGCUUUUCGUCCCCUUUUCCGCCACGUUAUUGUUUGUUUGUCGCUCGGUGCGAUAUUUUCGCUCCAACCUCUCCUUCGCAAUGGCGGGGGCUAUUAUUGAGAACAUGAGCACCAAAAAGUUGGUGAUAGUGGGAGUUACUCUGCUUUUGUUCCAGGCGUUCGCCUUCAUGGUCGGCGGUUUAAUUGCUCCCAGCCCCACUACAGCGGUCCACUAUUUGGCCACCAAGUGUGUGGACACAGUCAAGCACCGACAGGAAACAAAAUGGUUCAUGCCCUGGGGUCCUAACCAAUGCGACAAGAUCCGGACCUUCGAUGAGGCCAUGGCCAAGAAGAUUGAGGCCAACAACAUAGUGUUUGCUGUCCACAUUCCUCUGCCUAACAAAGAGAUGAGCCCCUGGUUCCAGUUUAUGCUGGUCAUCCUGCAGUUCGACAUUGCAUUUAAGAUGUACAACCAGAUAGUGGAUGGAGCGAUGGUCACCAUUGAUGUGGGCCUGGCCUACAGGGACGACACAGUCAGUGAAUGGACAGAGAUGGCUCACUCUUUUGAACAGAGGAAGCUCACCUGCAACUUCACUACUACCAAGACCUUUGAAAACGAGGGACGUUACUAUGAGUGUGACCUGCUGCCCUUCAUGGAGGUCGGCAGCGUGGCCCAUAAGUACUAUCUUCUCAACAUCCGCCUGCCUGUCAACGAGCGUAAGAAGGUCAACGUGGGGAUCGGAGAAAUCAAAGACAUUCGUCUUGUUGGCAUCCAUCAAAACGGAGGCUUCACCCAAGUGUGGUUUGCCAUGAAGACAUUCCUCACACCCAGCAUCCUCAUCAUCAUGAUCUGGUACUGGAGACGGAUCACCCUCAUGAGCAGACCGCCUGUGCUGCUGGAGAAGGUAAUCCUUGCUCUGGGUAUCUCCAUGACGUUCAUCAACAUCCCUGUGGAGUGGUUCUCCAUCGGCUUCAACUGGACCUGGAUGCUGCUUUUUGGAGACAUCAGGCAGGGCAUCUUCUACUCCAUGCUACUCUCCUUCUGGAUCAUCUUCUGCGGGGAGCACCUCAUGGAAAGACACUUCUUUGCAGGAUGGGCUCUGGACAGAGGACUUGUGAAGAUGUCUGAGAGUUGUGUAUCAGCCAUCAAAAUCUUCCCUGAACUUGACCUUCAUCCCACAAAUAACUCGCAGGACCAGACAGAGAGGAACCGUUUCUCAGUCUACUGGAAGCAGGUCGGACCCAUCGUGUUUGGCUCCUUCUGCCUCUUUAUCUUCGACAUGUGUGAGAGAGGGGUCCAGCUGACAAACCCAUUCUAUAGCAUCUGGGCAUCUGAUGUAGGAACUGAGCUUGCUAUGGCGUUCAUAAUUGUGGCAGGGAUCUGUGCCUGUCUCUACUUCCUCUUCCUCUGCUUCAUGGUUUUUCAAGUGUUCCGCAACAUCAGCGGUAAGAGGACGUCCCUGCCUGCCAUGUCCAAGGCCAGACGUCUGCACUAUGAGGGUCUGAUUUUCAGGUUCAAGUUCCUCAUGCUGGUCACUCUGGCCUGCGCGGCUAUGACCGUCAUCUUCUUCAUCAUCAGUCAGGUGAAUGAGGGCCACUGGCACUGGGGAGACCACACAGUGCAGGUGAACAGCGCCUUCUUCACUGGCAUCUACGGCAUGUGGAACCUGUACGUCUUCGCCAUCAUGUUCCUCUACGCACCGUCUCACAAACGUUAUGGAGACGAGCAGUCAAGUGGUCAGUGCAUCACUGGAGAUGCUGGUGGAAACAGUGGAGAGGACAUCCAGCUGACUACUACCAUCACCCAUGUUGAUGGCCCCUCUGAGAUCUACAAGAUGACUGGAAAAGAGGCCCAGGAGUAGAUUUCACACUGUAAGACUGUAAGCCUCCCCUCUACUACCUACUGCCCCAGUGACCCCCUCCCCCGUGUGUGUAAUCAAACAGGCUUCUCUCUUUAUGACCCCCGGCCCUAAAGCGGCAUCAGCAGUCCACCUUACGUGUACCUAACAGUCCCACAGUUACUGCCCUCCAGCACCAGACCCCCAGCUGCGUGGCUUGUUACGUGCCACCCUGUUCCCAGUUCUAUCUCUCAAGGCUGAAUAUUAUCAACACUCCUAUCAGUCCUUUUUGUUUCAUGGUGGAAUUUUUUCUUACAUUUCAUACUUUAUGUAAACCGUGUUGUGUUUGUGAAUGUUGCACAACACUUUUGACACCAAAAAAGAGAGAUAAGAGUGUAAAGAAAACCAUUUCUUGGUGGUCAGAAGUUGGAUGUGGCAGCCGUCGUGCUCCUGUUUUUAAAGUCCAGUGUGGUGAAACUAAAUCGUUUGUAAAAACCUGAGCUUUUGACAAAGAUGGACAGCAAGAUUUCGUGGUUGCAUUUUAACCACUGUGUUUUUUUUCUGCUUAAUUACCUGUUAUAUACUCAGCAAAGGCCUUAGAGCUUGUCACAAACACAUAAUCUUCCAUAGAAAGUAGUUCAUGUUGAGUACUGCUGUCAUAGUCUUUCAAGUGAUGGAGAUCUUUUUUUUUUUAUCAUUGCGGGAAAUGUACAGACCACAUAGCCACUUUGGGAGAUGCAUACUUGGAUGUUCAUUAUGUUACAAUGUAGAUAUCUAUUUUUUAUAAAGUGCUUGUUUUCAACUUCACAAAAUAUAUGCAUCAUGCUCUAUAAAUGUUUUUGAAGUUGACUGUAGCCUAUUUUACAUUGUUCUUAGUUUUGUUUUUGCUUUUUAUGCUAAUUUAAAUAAAAAAAGCCUUUUACUUAAUA